GCGUGUAAAAGAGUAUCUCCAGCAAAAUAAUUAAAUUUUGUGAUAUUUUUGUGCAAUUAAUUCAUUUCAAACUCGUUUAAAUACGAAUUUUAAAGAUGCGAGAAAAUUGGGCAUGGAAGAACAACAGCUUUACGCCGGCGGAUGAUGAUUCUGAUGAUUCCGACGAUGCUUUGUCUUAUAUCUCGGGACGCACGAAGAAGUACCGAAAGCAACGUCAAGAUCAAUCAACAAGCCGUUCGAAUUCGCUAAGUGAUGACGAAUAUGACGCUCUUCAAUUUGAAACUCGAUCCCGUCGCAGAUCUCGAAAGCUAUCAAUGCCAAGCUUUUUGCCGAUCAAAUUUGAAUCUCCAAAGCAAGAAAAAGCGCCUGAAAGUCAAAGCGAGGAAGAACCUUUAGAACCAGCUUUACCUGGCAUUAAAAUAAACUUGUUACCUGUUCCCGUGGCACGAACCAAAUCUGAAAUUCCGCAUGCAUUGGUCUUCGAUUCGAUGUUCGACCAAGAGUUUCAGAUCGGUAUCACUCAAAUCUUCUCUCCCUACAAGUUUUGGUUCUUUUUGCAUCUUCAAAACCCAACAUUCAGUCAACUGAGCAAUGAGAUGCAGGAUUUUUAUGAUACUUGUGAUAAAUCGGUAUUCAGAAUGGUUUCAAGUGAUGUGAAAAAAGACAACGUAGCUGUACUUCACUCGAACAACACUUACAAACGCGUUGUUAUCAUGUAUGACCUUCACGAGCUAAAGCUGCCAUUUGUAAACAAUCGUACAAAAGUUUUUGCAAUCGAUUAUGGCGAAGCAGUAGAAGCUAACAUUCAGGAUUUGCUGUACAUGAAGAAAUCCUUUGCUGAAAUCCCGCGUUUGAGCUAUCGUGGAAGAAUGGCGCUUGUUAUGCCUCUUGAAACAACGCAAUGGAAGUCAAAAGACACGAAGAACUUCAAAAAGCUUUGCAGAAACGAAAAUAAGGAAGCAUCAAUUCUGUCUGCCAAAGUGUAUGCUUUCGAAGAACGUGAGAUGAUCUUCCAUUUGAUGUUGACGAAAAAAGAAGAGGAUCGUUGCAACGGAUCAAUCAGAAAGAUUCUAGCUAGCUUGAAUUGUUGCGAAUUAGCAGAGGCGGAUACUGAAAUAUGGCCUAUAAAGGAUGAAUUGUAUCCGACUUUUGAUUUGUUGGAAAGCGGCGAAGCAAAUGAUAUUGUCUUUGACUCGGAAUCUGUUCAAUAUUUGAGUCAGGAAUACAAAAAGCUGAAGCUAUACAACUGCUAUGUCUAUCCCGAAAAUGCAAAUUAG